GUGAAAGACAAAAUGGCGGCGUCCUUUCACUGCAUGGUGAGAGCGGUUUAUCGGGUCUCUCCUGCUGUUUUGCAAAGAAUUCAUCAGGUUCAGGCAAUACAUAAUGGAGUUAGGGUCCUGUUUGUUACUCCAGGUCUCCGACACUUUUUUAAGUCUGCUAAACUGACAUGUGAUGGAGUCGCUUCUCGGGCAGCUGAGGCUUUAGAGUCACAUUCUCGUUACAAAGACACACCAUGGGUAUACCUGGAAAGUGAAGAAUACAUUGAGCGCUAUGGAUCCAGACCUGUUUGGACAGACUACAGAAGGAACCAUAAAGGUGGUAUACCUCCUCAAAAGACCAGGAAGACUUGCAUACGAGGAGAGAAGAUAUGUGGGAACCCUUGUCCAAUCUGCCGUGAUCCAAAUCUAAUCAUCCAUUACCAGAAUGUUAACCUGUUGCAGCAGUUCAUAAGCCCUCACACAGGAAUGUUGUAUGAUCCUACUCGGACUGGUGUAUGCAUGAAGCAGCAGAAACUACUUAACGAGGCAAUUGAAACUGCUAGAGACCAUGGCUUGAUUCCCACCCAGUUACCUUCUGUAGACUAUUCCGGAGAGGACUUCUCAAAUUCCCACGGUGCAGUGGGGCGUACACCCCUGCCACCUGCUUACACCCAUGGCGAACCUUGGUAUGGCUGGUACGGUGACCUAGAGCCAGAUGAACGGGAGCUGGCCAGAGUGAAGAAGAUCUACAAACCUUACCUAAAGUAGAGAUGUUUUCUCAAUGACAUGCUGGGUAGGUUUGUGGGACACAGGUUUAACCUUGCCAUGGACUGAAUGGUGAAUUAUAGACCAUGGGUUGUGUGUUGAGGAAACGGGCCCCAUCAGUAACAUGUAGAACUUGGUACUAUUAAAAGUGCCCUAACUAUUCAUUCCUUACACUGUUAUUUAUGUAUUAAAUAAAUUACACCCACUAGUACUAAAAUUCUAAUAAUACUUCAAGAGGAUGUGAUCGAGAAGAAAAGCAGAAUAUUAUAUUCCACCACAUAUCAAAAUCUAUUUUAGGGCUUUUUUUCACUUAUAAAUUGGUAAUUUGUGUGUUACUCCAAAAUAAAGAGAAAGUACAAAUGC